GUUCCGAAAUCAAUACAAAACAUGUACAAAUCAUCCGUGUAUUAUUAAGAAUUUUAAAUCGUUUGCCUGACACAAAUUGUUAUUAAUUUUAUAUGAACUAGGCCUUUUAUCUUAUGGUUUUCGAUUUGCAUUGUAUACAACCUUUCUGCUGUAUUUACAUUUCUAAAUAGUAAUGACUACAAGGUUUGCAUAAAUAUUAUUAUGACACUUGUAUGAAACUUGUAACAGUAAGAAUGAAUUUCUAACAGUUCAACAGAGUGAACAGUAAAUAAUGAAUGACAGAUCAUAAGUGUGGAUUAGUACAACACGUUAUUGCUGAUAUUUUUAAUGUUUCAUCAUGACAGGCAACAUCACAGUUCCCGAGCGACGGAAACCGGCUAUAACACGUUUAACAAACCGAAACCGAAAAGACGCCCUUUACAGGAACAACAUUAUUAAUUUCACCUUCGCUUGUCGUGUUUGAGUUCAGCACAGCAAAAAAAAAAAUGUCACGGACCGAGCCCAAAAAACUCUUUGAAGACGAACUGAGGUGCCCGCUGUGCUUGGAUUUCUUCUCCGAACCGCAGUUGCUCCCCUGUGGACACAACCUUUGCGAUUCCUGUGUUCAGAAACUUAUCCAGCAGGACUCGGGGGUACCGCGGCACAGGUGCCCGGAAUGCCGGAGAGAAUUCGACGGGAGAUCUGCGCUAAAACGAAACUUCAAGCUCUGCAACCUUAUAGAAAGUUUUAAGUCCAGUUACUCGGAGCCUCAAGUGCUUUGUGAUACGUGUCUGGGGAACGCAGACCCGGCUGUGAGGACUUGUCUGAAGUGCGAAAUCUCGAUGUGCGCCCUUCACUUAAAACCGCAUUUGGAGCGGUCAGCUUUUAAGAGUCAUGUUCUGGUGGAGCCCACGGCGGACCUCAGUGCUCGUAAGUGCCCGCUGCACGAAGAAACGCUGAAAUACUAUUGUUUUGAAGAUAAGACUUGUAUGUGUGUGUCGUGCACCGUGGAAGGGGAGCACAGGAAUCAUAAUGUGAAGAGUUUAAAGAAAACUCGUGAUGAGCUGAAGGUUGACCUGAAAAUAAAAAUAAACGACAUCACGGAAACCCUGAAACUAGCCGAGGAGCUGUUUGACAAGGGGAAAGCUUACGCAACUUCAGUCAAGGGUUCAAAUGCGCACAUGAAACUAAGCGCGACGGAUGUUUUUGACCACAUAAUUGAGCUUGCUAAUACGUAUAAAGAACGUAUCGUGGAAAUAAUUGAGAAAGAGCAUCACGUUCUUGAAAUGAGCGCGCAGGAACACGUCGUCGCUCUCAGUGAGAAGCGCGAAGAGCUUCAGAAGAUUAAGCGUCAGGCGGAAUCCGUCUUGGCCGAGAAGGAUGAGUUCUUGUUCAUUCAACAGCACCUGGACACCCAGAACAGAGUGACACAGGCCCUUGAGGAAUCUCUAAGAGGCCUUGAAGAAAAACCACUGAACAGAAAAUUAAUCCUGGAGGUCCUGGGUGCAAUGUUCAGCCAGUUUCAAGCUGAGGUUGGAAAGGGGCACCAGGCUUUAAGGAAUGAGGUUCAUCCUGCACAACUCAGUCUGGACCCAGACACUGCUCAUCCUCACCUCAUCCUCUCUGAGGAUCUCAAGACCGUGCGGUACACUAAAGAGAAACAGCCGUACCCAGGGCUCCCUGAGAGGUUUGAUCGCUGGCACCAAGUCCUGUCUCACCAGGGCUUCUCGUCUGGAGAGCAUUACUGGGAGGUGGAUGUUGGAAACGGUGCCUGGUCUCUGGGGAUCUCUUACCAGAACAUAGGAAGGAAGGGAGACGGAAAAGAUGUAUGUUUGGGAGUGAAUGCAGUCUCUUGGGCUCUCAGAUGGUGGAAUUCUAAACUUUCUGUUUGGCAUAAUAACAUUUCGACUUCCCUUCCGUCUACAUCUCAACCCGCAAAGAUUGGGGUUCAUGUAGAUAUCAGUGCAGGGACUCUUUCUUUUCACAGUGUAGCUGAUCAGUUGGUCCAUAUUUAUACAUUUAAAACUAAAUUCACACAGCCAGUGUACCCUGCAUUUUGUAUUCUGUCUGACGAACCAUUGUUCUGGUUAACUGUGAGAAGUGUGUCAUCAUGUAACUUGCCGAAAGUGGGAGCUGUUCAGUAACACUUUCUAGAGCAGUGCUUUCCAGUCCUGAUCCUGGGGGACCUCUGUGUCUUCGGCUUUCUGCGCCACUCAAGUUCUGAAUCACCGGCAAAUUGGUUUAAGUCUUCAGUUUGAGAUCUAUUUUUUAAAUUUCUGAAUUUAAAGACUACCCUAUUUCAGGCGUGCCUCCUGAUAUUUGACCAACUGGACCACAACAUGGGAAAAAACUCUGUGUUUUUCCAAAAUCAACAGACUGUUUCCAAUUGCUACUAUGCAUGCUUUCUGGAAUAAGAUAUGCACAUAACAAAAUGUGAGGUUUUCCAUCCUAAUGCAUAAGAUAGAUGCUUUCCUGAUUUAAAACAAGAUUUUCUGCAUUACAGAAAUAGCAGCUUGUGAUACAUAUUCCUAAAUGCCUUUUUAUCUUAAAUUGAUCACCUCUUAGGAGCCAUCUAACAGAUCUCAGGGUAAUUAAGCAUGUUGAGAAGAUGCCUAAAGUAUACAUUUUUAUUAGGUUAUAUGUCAGAACAAGCAAGGAGACCAAUAAAAGGGAAACCAAAGAAGGAAAUCAAGAUAUAACUGUACGUCUGCUUGCGUGCUUUAUGUGGGUGGGAGAAUUGACUUUUCAGACUCUCCGAUAAACAGGGACCUCACAGAUCAUGUGUGCCUGCUGUCAGCUCCUUAUUUUAUCCACAAAUAUAAUGUUUGUGUCAGCACUCUCCUGAUUCCUGAUUAUGUCAAGACAAAGGAAGAGUAAGAAUAAUACCUCGACAUAGAGCAGCUCUGUUCAUUUCUCAUGAUCCUCUCUCCCCAUCUGUGUGUCUGUGUGUCUCAUGGAGAGAAAGCUGGGAUAUGCAGAAAGACAAAUUCCUGAUGCA